CUAGACAAUAGAGUAUGUGCUGAAGGAUAUAAGCUGCUAACUUCAAAGGUUACAUCAUCUUCCCGCUAUCCCGCCGGCGGUCGGUGCCGGUGAAUUAAAUAUUAAGCAACGGGCAAAACUGUUAGCGCCUCUCCGCAACUCCCCCAAAGUCAACCAAUUAUGGCAAUUGGAAACGGCAGCAGUGCGUCAACCACGACGGCAUCCAUUACAAUUAAUUACACCGCCACCACCUCGUUCACCGCCAACGUGUAUCAGGAAAUCUACGUCAAUCUGCAGAUCGUGAACGGUGAUCUGCUCAAUUUCAGCGAGCGCUUCGUCGUCGAUGCCAACGGGUCGACCGCUGUGGCUCUGCCGUCGACUUCUGCCACCUCCAUCGGGGCUUCGGCUCUGGCGGCUGCUUCGUCGAGCUCGUCGUUGCCAACCAUUGGAAUGGUAUCGGGCGGGUUUGAGGCCGCCGUAGAGGACGAUCCCGGCAAGGAGUGUGCCAAGAUUUGCCUCUCGUGGGAUAAGAUGUUUCUGGUGGUGCUGUUCUGCACGCUGAUUGUCAUCACGGUGAUUGGCAACACGUUGGUAAUCCUUUCGGUGGCCACCACCCGGCGGCUUCGGACCGUGACGAAUUGCUUCGUGAUGAGCUUGGCCGUGGCCGAUUGGCUGGUCGGUAUCUUCGUCAUGCCCCCGGCGGUGAUUGUUUUCGUCGUAGACAAAUGGCAGCUGGGCUGGAUACUCUGUGAUAUUUGGAUAUCGCUCGAUGUCCUCCUUUGUACGGCAUCGAUCCUCAGUCUGUGUGCAAUCAGCGUCGACAGAUAUCUGGCCGUGACUCAACCACUGACGUACUCGAAGCGGAGGCGCUCGAAACGGUUGGCCCUGCUGAUGAUUUUCGUCGUAUGGCUGGUGGCACUCGCCAUCACGUGCCCUCCUAUUCUGGGCUGGUACGACCAGGACCGAGAGCGGAACGAAUGCCAAUACAAUCAAAACAAAGGCUAUGUGGUGUUUUCGGCGAUGGGGUCGUUCUUCAUACCGAUGAGUGUGAUGCUGUACGUGUAUUCGAAAAUUUGCUGCGUACUCACCUCAAGGCAGCACCGGAUGACCAAGACCGAGGCUACGGAGAAAAACUGCGAGGUCGACAUCGACAAUUACACCUCCGAGAUGGAUACCAGCCCGAAGCAGGGGGCCUACCUGGGCCAGAAUAUUUCCUCCAAUUACGCCAAUUCGCACCAAACGUUGUACGAGUUUCUGAGCUCGGCCCGCAACACCCCGAACGCCACCCGGCACCAACUGACGGCCCCGAGGUCAUCCGCCGUGGGACUGUCGGCGACCAACAACAGCAACUACGAGAUGCGUCCCAUCAACACGGUCCAAUUUAGCGCCAGUCAGAUUUCGCUGGCCGAGUCGUGCGUUUCCAGUGUGACCGCCAGCCACAACGCCAAGGUGCGGGUCCACGGCGGCAAGCGCAUCCCCAUCAGGAUCUCGUCGCUAAAGCGCGAAACAAAGACGGCCCAAACACUGAGUAUGGUGGUGGGAGGAUUUAUUGCCUGCUGGUUGCCGUUCUUUGUGUACUACCUGUUGAUGCCCUUCCUGCCGGAGCGGUCCCAGAGCAAACCGCUGAUGUCGUUUCUGACGUGGCUCGGCUGGAUUAACAGUGCCAUCAAUCCGUUCAUCUAUGCCUUGUACAACGUGGACUUCCGGAUCGCAUUCUGGCGGUUGACGUUCAGAAAGUUUUACAAAAACAAGCACAAUUUGGAAUUUUUCAAAUCGUAGGACAAGGGCCAUUGGUG